AUAAGAAGUGCUUUUCCAGUUAUAAAAAUUUGCGAGAGGUUCUCCAAAAACAUGAAAUCGACAAUGACGAAGUGCAUAGUAUACUAGUGUUUUUUCCUAAUUGUGAAAAUGAAGAAAAUUAUAAGGGAGUAUUUGAAGAUUGUAUAAAGGAAAUAAAGGCCAGGUUGUCAGCGAUUGGUAAUAUGGGUGAUCAGGACGAAUUUGAGAUUAUUGGAGAUGUAUUUGCCGGCAGGGUAGAUUAUGCAAUAAAGAAAAUUUAUCCGCAAUUAACAGGUAGUGGGUUUGAAGAAAUCAUCUGUGUUACUGAAGCAAAGCAAAUUGAUAUAAAAGUAGGAGUUGCUCAAAACUUAAUACAACUUGAAGGUUCGUUAGAUUCAAACAAAAACAAAAAGCGUAAGCUUGAUGAUUUGUACCCGGAUCAGGCGUAUUCAGAAUAUGUCUACGGAAUCGUAUCAACCGGCACCGAUUGGUAUUUUUUGAAGCAUACUCCUGGUCAAAUUUUCUGUAGUCAAGCAUCCGAUUAUAUACCUUUGGUAACAACACAGUUAAAUAAUGAUGAGGAUUUGAGGAAGGGAAUUAAAACAGUCCUUGAAUUAUGUAGUGAAAAAGCGAGACCGAAAGUUCCACUUGAGCAAAACAGCAAAUCGGUGUUGAUACAGCCUGAAGAAACAAAAGUUUCGCAUGAUUAUAUAGUCGCCUACCCAAGUCAUAACCAGGCACAAAGUAUCAUUUCUUCUGAAAUAAAUAUUAUGACCGAGCAUCAACCCUGUGACCCUGGGUCUCACCCUCAUGUGACUAAAACUAAAAACGAUUCAAUUCAGAAGGAUAGCUGA